AGUUGAUUUUUUAAUACGUACAGCCGUAGAUUAAAUACGCGACCCGUCGCCGCCACCGACAACCGUAAAUCCCGCGCUGCCGCACAGACGACCGCCGCGGAGACACCGUCCGUCGACGCACUGACCGACAGCAGCCGCCGCCGCCCGCAGCCAGGUGGUGCGUUUCGUUUACAAAACACACACACACAAUAACCCCGACGAACGAUAAUAAUUAUUAAAAUAUCGUGAUAAUUGACGCAAAAACUGUGCGUUAAUCAUUCGUUAUACAGUGUCCGGGGGGGUUGCCGCGUGUGUGUUUCGCCACUUUCGAUUUCUCCGACGAGACAUAAGACGCGUGUGCGUUCCGGAAAAACCGUUCCGCGUGCGCGUGUGUGUGUGUUCGUGUGCCAACAACGAGUGUGUGCAGUGCGCGUGUGUCUGUGCGCAUAGUGCAGCAAUUCGAAACCUAUAAACACGACAUAUAAUAUCGAAAAUUAAUAGAAAUAAAUAAUUCGCGUUUUAACCGUCGCGGGUUCCGUGUGAUGUGGUGAAUGUUCGCGCACGCAUAAUAUUUAUUAUAUACCAUGGCAGCAACGAUCGCAUCAGUCGAAACGGAACAGAUCAAGCAGGAGAUCGCCGUCGAAGAGAAACAGAGUGCCACCGCCGCCGCAGAGACCGCGACCGCGCCGUCGACCGUCGAACGAGAGUUCACCGAAGAGAUCGUAGCUCCGCUGCCCAACAUCAACAGCAGUAAGACGGCCCCGUUGCCGAUCGUCGGCAAAGCGUUCGACUUGAAGCGCGCCAGCGUGUCGUCCGUGGACAGCGACAUAUCGCUGUCGUACGACGCGGCGCCGUUUUACCCGCGCUCGUUGAGCCAGACCGGAGGCAUGUCGUCGGCCAACAACUCGAGCGGGUCGGGCACCGACGACGGUGGCCGUCACCACUCGGUCGCGUCCGUCGCGUCCGCCGCCGGCAUCAACAACACCGAUUCGUCCGAUUCGGCGUACGAGGGCGGCGGCCAGAACAAGUCCGGCGACGAGUCCACGCCGUUCGUGGCUCCCGACGAGGAGACCACCAAGCGCAUACUCGACCAGGUGGAGUUUUACUUCUCGGACGCGAACAUCGUCAAGGACGCGUUCCUGCUCAAGCACGUCCGCCGCAACAAGGAGGGAUACGUCUCCCUGAAGCUCAUCUCGUCGUUCAAGCGGGUGAAACACCUGGCCAAGGACUGGAGGGCCGUCGCGCACGCCAUCGCCCGGUCGGAGAAACUGGAGGUGAACGAAUCCGGAACGAAGCUCCGGCGCAAGGAGCCGCUGCCCGCGUACGACCAGACGACGCCGUCCCGGACCGUGGUGGCCAUCAACCUGGCCGAAGAGAAGCCGGUGACCAUCGAGACGGUGGCCGAGCUGUUCCGCGGCUGCGGCGAGAUCGCGUUGAUCCGCGUGCUCCGCCCCGGCAACCCCAUACCGUCGGACGUCCGUCAUUUCGUCAACAAGCAUCCGGAGAUGGGCAGCAACGUGAGCGCGCUGAUCGAGUUCGUGCGCACCGAGUCGGCUCACAACGCGAUGAGCAAAGACUGGUCGUCGGAAAAGGCCAAGGACGGACAGUCCAUGUGCGUGCUCGAGCUCAACGCCCCCGCGUCCAAGAAGAAGGCCACGGCGGCCGCCAAGAAGUCGCCGAUGAACCGGCUGUUCGACUCGGAGUACUCGUCGUCGUGCCAGAGCGGUUCCGAGGCGGAGGACAGGCAAAAGAUGCGCAUGCAGCGCAAGGUGUCGGCCAACACGCUCAUGCGGUCCGACUCGUCGUGGAACCAGCGCAGGUGGUCCAGGGACUCGGGAACCGACAGCUCCGCGUCCGGAUACUCGCGACGCGAUUCGUACGUGUUGCCGCCGCAACACCACGUCCAGCAGUCCGGCGAUUACGGCCACAACAGGCGUAUGUCGUCCGGUUGGGACUCGAGUUCGGAUAGCUAUUACUCGGGCCGAUCGCGUUCCAGCAGCGGCGUGUCCAUACCGGAAACGUUCGGCAUGCGCCGUUUCUCUUUGGCCAACAACCGCGGCCCGGAACAGCAGCAGCAGCAACCGUGCUGUUGUUGCGGCCACAACCAGCCGCCGCCGCAGCAGCAGCAACAGCCCAUGGCCAUGCGCAGACACUCGACACAGGACAACGGCCAUCACUACGACAUGAGGCGGUGCAGCAGCAGCAGCAGCAACAGCGGCGGCGAGAUGAUGAUGCGCAAGGACUCGACGUCGGACUUCUGUUGCGGCAGCCAACCGAGGGACGGAUUCCACAACUGGUCGCGCAAGAGCAGCUCGUCUUCGAUGGGCGAAGGGGGCAUGGGUCGUCGCCUGUCCGUCGACUCCGAUUCGUCGGGCGGCAGGGGACGCAGGCCCAGCCUGGGCCUGGUGACGCCCGACAACGUGGUGAGGAUGCCCAAGGGCCCGGACGGUUGCGGCAGCCGCGGUUUCCAGCGGGAACCGAUGAUGGAUUCCACUCUUUACGAAUAAACAGCUAGCUGAACGACGAAGACGCGCGAUGAUAAUUAAGAAUAAUAUUAUUAUCGGUUAAGAUUAUGGCUAUCAUUAUUAUUUAUUAUUGUUAAUUAUAAAAUAUAAUACAGCGACGAAGCGGAUUCAAAAGACCCGAAGCGAAGGAAAAAAAUUGCUAUCGAUCUAUAUAAUAAUAUAAUAUAAUAGGUACUUUUCAUAUCAGAUAUAGGUAUAUAUAUGAUUAGUUUUUUUUUUUUUUUUAAUUUAAGCGGUUUGGAUACUUAGGUACUUGUAAGAUAAAAAUGAAUUUAAGGAAUAAGGGCGACUUCCCUGCCUCGAUUUAUCGCGGCAGUAGGAUCCAUAUUAUAAUAUAUAAUUUAUUUUUAUGUCAUAAACAUUCAAUAGGUAAUACGUAUGUGUGUGAAUCGACCGAUAUCAUCGGCUGUACGAUUUUAUCUGUCGAAUCCCACGACGUAUUAUUUGCGUACGAGUAUUUUCUUAUUUUAUCGUUUAUACUUUGUAGAAGUCGAGCCGAUCGAGGUUUGGGUGCGAUUUAUACCCGCCUCGAUCUGACUUUCGAGAGCUUCAAUUCCGCGUUAAUUUAUUAUUUAUUUAAUAUUUAUUAUGUUGGCAACCAAUACCAUUUAUUCAUAUAUUUAUUUAUAUUCAUUAUUUAUUAAAAUUAUUCGCUCGAAAUUAAAAUAAUAAUAUUAAUCUAUUUAUACGAUACCAUUAUUAUUAUUCAAAUUGUCGAUGUAGGCAUUUAAUUUAUUAAGUUAUUAUUUUAUUGAUGUAUGAUACAUAUUAUGUUACCGCUAUAUUUGUAAGACCAUAUCGUAUUAGAGUAAUGACGUUUGGUUUAUUUAUUCAUAUUUAUUAUACAAAUAAACGUAAUAUAUAUUUAUAUACUCACAUAAAA